AUGAGCUUAAACUGUUUCAGCGGCCGCGCCAGCAUUGAGGCUGACACGGAGCUCGAGCAAGCGUCCAAGCAAGUUGAGAGCGUGUUCAAGCGCAUCCAAAGGUCGGACAAGAGAGUCGAACGCGUGCGCAAAGCCAUCCGCGACACGCGCUCGAACAAGACGCACGAGAUGGAGACGCACUUACAGUGGCUUCUGCAGCAGAAGAUACGACUGGAGCGGGACCUUGAUGUCGUGGAUAAGCAGCUGGAGGAGAAGCGGAUGCGAUUAACGGAAAGAGCAGCUUGA